AUGAAGGGUCAUCGCUCCGCUACUAUUCUCUCACCCAGUCCGCCGCGAGAAUUGAACACUGAGCGAGCACCACGCCGAGCAUCUUCGCAUCAAAGAAGGAGAGUUUUGAAUCUAAUUCUAACGUCGAUUGGAAAAAUGUCAGGGGAAGAUGUUGUUGCAGAGACUCCUGCUUCAGCUCUGGCUCCGGCUCCGGCUCCGGCUCUUGGUGAGCCCAUGGACACCAUGACGGCUUUGCAGCUUGUGCUGAGGAAAUCACUGGCUCAUGGAGGGCUCGCACGAGGGCUCCAUGAAGGUGCCAAGGUGAUUGAAAAGCAUGCAGCACAGCUUUGUGUAUUAGCAGAGGACUGCAACCAGCCAGAUUAUGUUAAAUUGGUGAAAGCACUUUGUGCAGAUCAUAACGUCAACUUGAUAACGGUGCCCAGUGCUAAAACUCUUGGCGAAUGGGCUGGUUUGUGUAAGAUUGAUUCUGAAGGGAAAGCAAGGAAGGUUGUUGGGUGCUCCUGCGUUGUUGUGAAGGAUUAUGGAGAAGAAACCGAGGGUCUUCAUAUUGUCCAAGAGUAUGUGAAAUCCCAUUGAACUAAGCUUGGAGUGCAUUUCAGAUUCUCAGAAGAGUAAUUUGGAUGGUUUUUUUUUAACAUACUCUUGUCCUUUUGUUCUGGCUGUGAAGAGAGUUUAUCUUCCCAAACCUUAGCAUAGUUUUGGGAUUUUAUACUUUACGACGUCUUUAGUUGUAGUCAUUGAACAUCUGAACAAAGUAUUGUUGUAACAUUUUUGGUUACUAUUAUUGGAUCAUCGGACCAAUAUGAUAGAAAUUUAUAUCGCUGAACCAUUCAGAAAAUGAACCAGAAAAAAAGAGUAUGUUCAUUCUGUUGGUCAAGCAUGAGCAUAUAAAUCUGCCUAGUUUUUGUAAUCCUGGUUCCAAAAAUUCAUAUCGUUUUUUUUCG